CUUAGCCCACUUGGCCGAUUGAAAAAAAUAUCCAGUUUUGACUCCAAAGAGGACUAGAGAGAGAAACAAAGAGAAAGACAGAGAGAGAGCUUCGUCGCCCACGAAGCAGAAGACUAUUCGUGGAAGAGAUAAUUCUCAAUGUCUCCUCUCCCAACCUUCCACCGUCUUCCUCACGACACGUUCUCCUCUCUUCUCCGCUCACUGUCUCAAGUUGGAAGUUCUACAGCAUCAGAGGCAUUCCUCAAAUCCGCUCCUACGUUUGAAGAUAUCAUUGCUCGAAUUGGACUAUGGUGGGAGAAAACAAGGGCUGUUGUUGUUGUUCCUGUCUUCAAGUUCCUGGUGGCUCUAUGCUUGAUCAUGUCUGUCAUGCUCUUCGUCGAGGUUAUGUACAUGGGCAUUGUCGUACUGUAUGUCAAGUUGUUCAAGAGGAAACCAGAGAAGGUUUACAAAUGGGAAGCUAUGGAGGAUGAUGUUGAGUUUGGCACUGCUACCUACCCUAUGGUUCUUGUGCAAAUUCCCAUGUACAAUGAAAAAGAGGUUUGUGAGCAAUCAAUUGCAGCUGCUUGCAAAAUCUCGUGGCCAUCUAAUCGUAUAAUAAUUCAAGUGCUUGAUGAUUCUACAGAUCCAGCCAGUAAGGAUUUGGUGAAAAAGGAGUGUGAGAGAUGGUCAAAAGAAGGCGUAAACAUAACGUUCGAGAUUAGGGACAACAGGAACGGAUAUAAAGCUGGUGCUCUGAGAGAAGGAAUGAAGCAUAGCUAUGUGAAGCAGUGUGACUAUGUUGCUAUCUUUGAUGCUGAUUUCCAGCCUGAUCCUGACUUCCUCCUCCGCACUGUUCCUUUCUUAAUUCACAAUCCCAAGUUAGCACUUGUACAAGGCCGGUGGGAGUUUGUGAACGCGGAUCAGUGCAUGAUGACGAGAUUGCAGGAGAUGUCUCUGAGUUACCACUUUACAGUAGAGCAGCAAGUUGGAUCUUCAACUUUUGCCUUCUUCGGGUUCAACGGAACAGCUGGCGUCUGGAGAAUCUCAGCACUGAAUGAGUCAGGGGGAUGGAAUGACCAGACAACAGUAGAAGACAUGGACUUAGCUGUGCGAGCUACACUGAGAGGCUGGAAGUUGCUAUAUAUCGAUGAUCUCAAGGUAAAAAGUGAGUUACCUUGCUCCUUCAAUGCCUUGCGUAGUCAGCAGCAUCGAUGGACUUGUGGCCCUGCGAAUCUAUUCAGGAAAAUGGCUGGAAAAAUAAUAAGAAACGAAAAUGUUUCUCUAUGGAAGAAGUUGUAUAUGUUGUACAGCUUCUUCUUCAUGCGGAAGAUCGUGGCGCACGUCCUCACAUUCUGCUUCUACUGUGUUAUCUUGCCAGCAACUGUUUUGUUCCCAGAAGUCACAGUUCCCAAAUGGGCCGCGUUUUAUCUUCCUUCUUUAAUCACUCUCUUUAUCGCAAUUGGUAGACUAAGAUCAAUCCACCUUUUGGCAUUCUGGGUUCUGUUCGAGAAUUCAAUGUCCCUGGUUCGAACAAAGGCUCUUGUCAUGGGGCUGUUAGAAACAGGAAGAGUACAAGAAUGGGUUGUGACAGAGAAAUUAGGUGAUACUCUCAAGACGAAGCUAAUUCCACAAGUACCUAGCGUCAGAUUCAGAGAGAGGGUGCAUUUGCUGGAGCUAUUGGUUGGAGCGUACCUGUUGUUCUGCGGAAUCUACGACAUCAUCUAUGGGAAGAACACACUCUAUGUGUACCUUCUAUUUCAGUCAAUAGCCUUCUUCGUGGUUGGUUUUGGAUAUGUAGGAAAAUAUGUUCCUGCUUCCUCUUAACAUAGAUAGGAUUAUAAAGAGACAGAGUUCUCUCAAUAUGGUUCAGAAGGUUUUUUUGUUGAUAUCAUAUUGAGAACAGAGCCUAUAUAUAUACUUGGCCAACGUGGACAAAAUAGGUCACUUGUAUUAACACUUGGCUUCUUUUUUGUAAACAACGAAGCUCAAAUGUGACCAAUACAUAUUCCCCUCAAAAUAUUUGUGUUGAA